AUCGCCACAUUUUGCUUGCUACACCCCGAACCCCCCAUCCCACUCCUCAGUCAACAACAUUUACUCCGGCAAUAAUUUGGAGCGUUUGAUGAUAACCCAGGACAGUGAUGAUAGCGACGCAGAGGGAGGACUUGGUAAUGUCAGUAGAGUGAUAAUUCGACCACCGGGACACAGUGGCAAAGCUAAGAAGGGCCACCUGUGCUUCGAUGCUGCCUUUGAAACUGGAAACCUUGGGAGAGUAGAUUUAAUCUCUGAAUAUGAGUACGAUCUCUUCAUCAGACCGGACACUUGCAGCCCUCGUCUGCGUUUGUGGUUCAAUUUCACCGUCGAUAACGUUCGCACGGAUCAGAGAGUUAUUUUCAAUAUUGUCAACGUAUCAAAGAGCAAAAAUUUAUUCAGAGAGGGAAUGACACCCCUUGUAAAGAGCACUAGUAAACCCAAAUGGCAGAGAAUACCACGGAAGCAUGUGUUCUACUACCGAUCAGCUCAACAUCAGAAUCAUCACGUUCUCACUUUUGCCUUCAAUUUUGAUCGCGAAGACGAUGUUUACCAAUUCGCCCUGACUUAUCCCUAUUCCUAUACACGCUAUCAGGGCCAUUUAGAUAAUUUAUCCACCAAAUGUUCUUCAGUGAAACGCGAAACUCUGGUAUCAUCCGUUCAGAAGAGGAAAGUUGAACUGGUGACUAUUGGAACGAACAUUGAGGAGCGUCCCCGAAGGGUUGUCGUUGUACUUAGCAGAGUUCACCCAGGAGAGUCGCCCUCGUCAUUCAUCUGUCAGGGGCUUAUGGACUUUCUUGUCAGUGGACAUCCAAUUGCUCAGGUCCUCAGGGAUUAUGUUGUUUUCAAAAUUAUACCGAUGCUCAACCCGGACGGUGUCUUCCUAGGAAACUACAGAUCUACUUUGAUGGGAGUAGACUUGAAUCGUGCAUGGAAUAGAAUCUCUGAUUGGAUUCAUCCGACCCUAUCUGCCACAAAAACUCUCCUAGAGUCACUGGAUAAAAAUACGAAUAUCCCCUUGGACUGUGUCUUGGACCUUCAUGCUCACACCAAUGCUACAGGACUAUUCGUCUAUGGCAAUACGUACGAUGAUGUCUACAGGUACGAAAGACACAUAGUUCUUCCCAAAUUAUUAGCACAACACGCUGAAGACUAUGAGUCUGGGAACACAAUGUAUAAUCAGGAUCCCCACAAAAUGGGCACUGCCAGGCGAUAUCUAUGUUCAAUUCUGAGUGAACACGUUAAUUGCUAUACUAUUCAGGUGUCAAUGUACGGUUACUGCCGGAGAGGAGCACCAGGCUUACUGCCGUACACUGAAGAGAGCUAUUAUCGAGUUGGUCGUAAUCUAGCCCGAGUUCUCAUGGAAUACUACAAACUCACGGGAUUAAUACCUUCGGGAUUACCCGAUCAACCGUCAAACAAACGCGGGCGUCAGUCAAGGCAGAGGCAUCGGCAACCCCGGGAUCCACGACCCCGGACAGCUAGGACGCCUGCGCCCCUGCAUCUUGCUAGCAUUCAUGAAUAUUUCACGGAGGACACGCUGGAUUUACCAGGCGGUUCUCGAUACCGGUCAAUGAGUGGUACUCGAAUGAAUCCGGGUCCAGGCACUGUGAGUGCCUUCGGCACAACGAGUGAAAAAUACCAAAGUUCCAGGCAUCGUAGCCCCGGUGCACCAACGAAACCGGCACCCACUGUGAUAACGAGAGAUCAAGAACCUCGACUAGCUAUAAUUGAUUUUAAUCAGCUGACACGUGGUGGUCUCGAGCUGGCCACAGGGAAAAACAGGGGAAAAAUGCCGCGUCGAUCACCGGAUCGCUACACCAAGUUUAGAAGGUAGUUCAAUUGUCUUGGAAAUUAUCUCACCAAAGAAUAUUCAGCUAAAAAAAUAAUGAGAUAAAGAUGAGUAACUUAUUCAUCAAUUAUUCACGAUAACUCAAUAUUUGUAUCUUGGAGUUUAUAGUGAAAAGUGUUCCAUUGUUAUUGUAUUGCUCAGCCACGCCUUGAAUAUUAAUCCCAAGGUCCAACCCGGCGCGGACCCCACCCCUUCAACCUAUUGUGCACCAGUUAUACAUUCCUGUUUUCACUUG